CGCUGCUGCUGCUGCUCGCAUUGAAGGUGUCACGACGAAAAUCAGUUCCAAAGUAACAUUCGUGCCGCUCGGGUUGUGCGUUCGUCGCUCCGCUCGCUCGUUUUGUUGUUGGUCCAUAGCGUUUCAUCGUUUACCGUUCACCGUUAUAUUUCGCCGCGUCUCUUGAUCGCCGUGUCACGCACGCACGCAAGCACACACACAAACAAAAAAAACAAACAACAAAUUCGAUAUCAAAACAGAGGUCGCAAAUGUUAUAUGCAAAAAUCCAGCCAACACUCAACAACAAACAUUUGAACAACGUGCGUGUGCAACAACAAUUAUAACCACAACGACAACUGUAACAACAACCGCAACAGCAACUAGUACAACCGUUAGCAAAAGUUCUUUAAGAUACUACGCUCAUCCCAAGCAGUGUGCAUUGUUUUUUUUGGUGUCUGCCGCAAGUGUAUUAUCCUUAACCUGGCCAUAACAAACAAACAAAAACUCAACUAUCACAAUAACUGAAUAUCGAAUAUAGAUCAUACUAUAUUAUUCGGCCAGGCAUCGAUAAACGCAAACAAUUGGAUCUAUAUAAUAAUACUUAUCAACAUAUCCGAUAUCCUAAAAACGUGUUCUUUUCACCCGUUCGCUCGUUUGGAAUAUCCGUACGCCGCCGACAUUGGCUGCAUCGAGCAUCGCACAAGUUAUCCGAUAUUGGUUUUUUUUUUUUGAAACAAACGCCAAGCAGCUGUUCUACAAUUGAACAUUGAAGCUAUAUAGAGACAACUGCCACGCCCACAGGCAGGAGGAGCAGCCACAGACGAAGGCAUUGAGAGCUCAGUGAAAGCUCAGCUCAGUAAGUCACAUUUAGGCAAUUGAAGGAUCAUCACCAAGGACAUAAUAAACAGCAUCAACGUGGCGCUGCACUCAACGGAAGCCUUAAUGGCGGCGGGCUUUCUCAAAUCGGGUGAUUUGGGCCCACAUCCGCACAGCUAUGGCGGGCCACAUCCGCACCAUUCGGUGACGCAUGGACCGCUGCCGCCGGGCAUGCCAAUGCCAUCUUUGGGUCCCUUCGGCCUGCCACACGGACUGGAGGCUGUUGGGUUCUCCCAAGGCGUCAACACGAGAAAGCAGCGUCGCGAGAGAACAACAUUCACACGGGCCCAGCUCGAUGUUUUGGAGGCGCUCUUUGGCAAGACACGUUAUCCGGAUAUAUUCAUGCGCGAGGAGGUCGCAUUAAAGAUCAAUUUGCCUGAAUCCAGAGUACAGGUGUGGUUCAAGAAUCGACGGGCCAAGUGCCGCCAGCAGCUGCAACAGCAGCAGCAGUCAAACAGUUUGAGCAGCUCGAAGAACACCAGCGGCGGCAGCGGCAGCUGCAACAGCUCCGCCAAUGGUGGACGCAACAACAAUAAUAACAACAGCAGCAGCAACAACAACAACAGCUCCAGCAGCAACAACAACAGCAACAACAACAGCGGCAACAAAUCGAACCAGAAGCAGAGUGGAGCCGGCCAAAGCGGCUCCAGCAACGGCAGCGGCAACCCAAGCAGCUCGGCAGCAGCCGCUGCCAGCGCCGCAGCCGUUGCGGCGGCGCAGUCCAUCAAGUCACAUCACAGUUCCUUCCUCAACGCUGGCGCCGGUGGUGCCAAUAAUAACAAUAAUAACAACGGCGGUGGCUCAACGCCCAGCAGCAGCAGCGGCAGCCACGGCGGAGGAGGCGGCGGCGGGGGCGGUGCUGGCAGCUCGCAUGCCCACAUCUCGGCAGCGGCCGCGGCGGCGGCAUUGAACGUAACCGCAGCGCAUCAGAACUCCUCGCCGCUGUUGCCGACGCCGGCCACAUCGGUCAGUCCGGUUAGCAUUGUGUGCAAGAAGGAGCAUUUGGGCGGCGGCUAUGGCAGCGGAGGCGUGGGCGGCAAUGGCUCCGGCGUUGGCAUCGGCGUCGGCGUUGGCGUCGGUGUGGGCGUGGGCGUUUCCGGCGAUGCACUGCGCUCGCCCUACGACACGCUUAAGGAUGCGGGCGGCGAUAUUGGUGCCGGUGCGCAUCAUCAUCACAGCAUCUAUGGCACGGCAGCGGCCAGCAAUCCGCGGCUGCUGCAGCCGGGCGGCAAUAUAACGCCCAUGGAUAGCAGCAGCAGCAUUACGACGCCCUCUCCGCCCAUAACGCCCAUGUCGCCACAGUCGGCGGCGGCAGCGGCGCAUGCCGCACAGUCCGCGCAGUCGGCAUCGGCGCACCAUUCGGCCCACUCGGCGUACAUGUCGAACCACGACUCGUACAACUUCUGGCACAACCAGUACCAGCAAUAUCCGAACAACUAUGCCCAGGCGCCCAGCUACUACUCCCAGAUGGAGUACUUUAGCAAUCAGAACCAGGUUAACUACAAUAUGGGCCACUCUGGCUACACGGCCUCCAACUUUGGCCUGUCGCCGUCGCCAUCGUUCACGGGCACCGUUUCGGCGCAGGCCUUCUCCCAGAAUAGCCUCGACUACAUGUCGCCGCAGGAUAAGUAUGCGAACAUGGUGUAG